AUGCAGGUGGCUGAUUUUACCAAGCGAGAGUACUUAGACAGAGAAGCACUAGACGCGCUGGUAGCCCUUUGCGAUAGAGAGGCCCGCCUUACUUCAGAGCACACAGGAGCAACUGAGGGUAUGCUGGAUCGGGCAGACCCCUACUUCAUACUUAAUGCGAUAACCGAGAGCCUCUAUACGGAGCUUCUGGAAUUAGCGAUUCAUCAAGGUACUAUGAACAAAAGCCAGCCACCGUACAUCAUUACGCCAAAGCACGUUACUCAUCUCUUGAAUACGUACGGGGUCAACGGAGCCCGCUUUCUUGUCGAGGAGUGA